CAUCUUUGCAGCCUGUCAUCCGUUUGUCUCGCCUGACAACUUCUACAAGGGCUGUGUCUAUGACAGCUGCCACGUGUCCAACCCAGCGGUGGAGUGCACCAGUCUGCAGACAUACGCUGCUGCCUGUGCCCAGUUUGGAGUAUGCAUCUACUGGAGAAACCACACCGAGCUCUGUGCCAGCGACUGCCCAGCUGACAAAGUCUACAAGCCCUGCGGUCCUGCAGAACAGCCAACCUGUGAUGACAAUCCAGACGAGUCUAGGAUGAACUUCACCACAGAAGGCUGCUUCUGUCCUGAUGGGAUGAAACUCUUCAACAAGGAAUCAGGGAUCUGUGUUGAUAAGUGUGGAUGCAUUGACCCUGAAGGUGUUCCGCGAGAGUUCAACGAGAGGUUUGAGUACAAGUGCCAGGAUUGCGUUUGUUUGGAGUCCACCAAGGCUGUGACCUGUAAACCCAAGGUCUGCUCCAAACCACCAGUAGAGAUAUGCACCGGGCCAGGCUUUGUAUAUGUCAACCAAACCGAUCCAUCCGAUCCAUGCUGCUCCAGCCUCGUCUGCCGUUGUGACAGCAGCACUUGCCCACCAACCAACAUGAACUGUCCUAUUGGGUUCGUGCCAGUGGUUUCAGUCCCGGAGGGAAAAUGCUGUCCAGAGCACACAUGUGAGCCUAAAAGAGUUUGUCUUCACAAAGGCGUUGAAUACCUGCCCAAUUCUAAAGUUCCAGGAUCGGAGUGCCAGGAGUGCACCUGCACCAACAAAGUGGACCCCAAGUCUGGUCAUUACCAAAUUGACUGUGGAUUCAUGCAAUGUGACAAAGAUUGUGAAAAAGGAUAUGAGUACCAGGAGCCAGACUAUUCCUCAGAUGACUGCUGCGGUAAAUGUGUUCAGACCCACUGUGUCCUCCAGAUCAAUGGGACCAAGCAGUUGUUGAAGCAUGGAGAUACAUGGUCAGCUCCUGGUGACAAGUGCCAGCAGUACAGCUGUGUGAAAAACGGUGAUAGCUAUCUGACCCAGAGCUCCAACAUCCAUUGCCCACCCUUCCAGCAGGCCAACUGCCAGCCUGGUUCCAUUCAGACCGCUGCAAACGGCUGCUGUAGAAUUUGUGUGGAGAAGGACAAGGCCUGUAAGAUAGGAUCCAUGAAGAGUUUCAUCAACCACAAGAACUGCCAGUCUAUUGAGGAGGUGGAGAUGCCGUACUGUGAGGGAUCCUGCAACACCUUCACCAAGUACUCUGCGAUGGCCGCGUCUCUGGACCACUCGUGCGCCUGUUGCCAGGAGUCCCGGUCCAGUAACCGCACGGUGGACCUACAGUGUCUGAAUGGAGAUGUGGUGCCCUACACCUACCUACACGUGGAGGAGUGUAACUGCAGACACAGCGACUGCCACAGAGCCAUUAGGGUGCCUGUCCGUAAGACACGCAGCAACACGCUGGUGUAAAUGGGAUCCGUACUAAUCCAGAUGGGACAAGUCCAGCACCAAUCCACUCCACUCGCUGCUUACUAAAGAAGACCCUGCUUCACAUGGCUGUUAUUUAUCUAAUCGCUUUGAUUUAUAUGUCAAAUGUAGGUUAAAUGAUAUUUAAAAUGUAGAAACUUAUGCUUACUUAUCUUAUUAAAAUGCAACCCUUCAAAUA